AUGGCACCAAUCACGGACCCCAAGCCCCAAGAGGGCCAGAACCCCUCCAACAACGGGAACCCCGAACCUCAGGAACCGCCGGCGUUAUCACCGUCCUCGUCGUCGGUCGGCGACAAUCUAGCCCAGGCCCUCAAAGACCUUGCAAGGUAUGCCGCUUCCCUCUCCACCCAUGUCCUGCCUCGGAGCCCACGAUUCGGUUUCUCGAGUUCAAGAACUGCACCCGCCGCCACCACUGGUGCGCAUUUGGCGAUUUUACCCAGAAAUAACACUCUCUCAACGCUCCCUUCCCCCCACCACUGGGUCACUCUCACCGCUUCACAAGAAGCCAGAGACACAACCAGGACCCGCCCCGACCACUUGCAGCGAGCCCCAUUACUCGUAGCAAGCUGGACCCGGGUCGGCGGAUACCCCUAUUCGACAGCCAGCCAGCUAACUACCACACCCCCCAUUACCAAACAAAACAGGGGUGAGCAAGCAGCUAGCACACUCGAAGCGAACCUGACCAACCUCGAGGGCAAGCUGGACGAGAUCCUGGCGUCGUUUGGCGUGUCGGCGGCCGACCUCGACGCGCUGGACGAGCAGGAGGCGGCGCAGAAGAAGAAGAGCGAGGGCCAGGAAUGUGGGAAGAAGGGUAAGGGUGAGAAGGGGGGGUCUUCUUGA